AUGUCACCUUGUGAGUGUGGAAAACUAGCCGAAAAAGCUGGGGAGAAUGUGGGCACAUCGAGAGAUGAGUUUGUCUCGUCCUCGGACCCCAGACACCCCGCGAAUUUGAUCUGUUCGCUGUGCAAGACGUUUUAUUACAACAAUUGGGUCACCGGCACUGGCGGGGGUAUUUCCAUCAAGCUCAAUGACUCCUCACACGUGUAUAUUGCCCCGUCCGGGGUGCAAAAGGAGCAAUUGCAACCCGAGGACAUGUUUGUAAUGGACUUGAACACAGAAAAGUACUUGAGAGCGCCGGAAAAGUACAAGCCCAGUGCAUGCACGCCUCUUUUCCUGUCGUGUUACAAACAGCGAGGUGCUGGUGCCGUUAUUCACACGCAUUCGCAACAUGCGGUGAUGUGCUCACUCAUAUUUGGAGACGAGUUCAGAAUUGCCAAUAUCGAGCAAAUCAAAGCGAUCCCCAGUGGGAAGAGGGAUGGUGCCACGGGCAAGGAUAUCAACUUGUCGUUUUUCGACACGCUUGUUAUCCCGAUCAUCGAGAACACGGCGCACGAGGAGGACUUGACGGAGGGAUUGCAAGAGGCUUUGGCCAAAUAUCCUGCUGCGACAGCGGUCAUUGUGAGAAGACACGGGAUCUACGUGUGGGGUCCGAGCGUGGACAAGGCCAAAGUUUACAACGAAGCGAUCGACUACCUGAUGGAGUUGGCCGUGAAGAUGCACCAGCUGGGGAUCCCACCCGACUGUGCAAUUGGAGCCGAGAAAGAGUAUGUGUAA